CAAUAUCCCAGUGUAGGAGAACCAGCAGAGGCAGAGAACUAAUGGGAGCCAUGGGAAUACCACUACCCAACUGCGUUUGGGAACCAAUAUGUUGAACUUGUCCGACUGAGGGAGUGUGUCCUGGGCGGCGAGAGACAAAUGGUGAAAGAUUGAUAAUAAAAGAGCUCCUCGUGAAAGCACAGCGCACGGCACGGUGACUUAACUUUGGCCGGCAUCUUCCCGAGUCGGAUGGCUCUGAAUGACAGGAUGCAGUAAUGAAGGUCCACGCACCAUUCAGCACCGUAGCCAUGAAGCAGCUCAAAGGGUAGGCUCUGCUGUGAGCUCGCCUCACCCUACCCCACCACCCCGUCAGCUCCACCCGAGAGCUGAGUCCUACGUUCAAGCGUAAUCCUGCAGCUCUACCCAUCUCCGAAACCCUCCUCCACCACCUCCUCCACCACGGCUUUGGAACAUGACGUGCAUUGCGAAGACGCUGGUUGAUGUCUGAUAUAUAUACCUCUGAGGUGUCAAGCGUAAAACCAGUGGAGCAAUGAAUGGCGGAAAGGACUGUGAGGCGGGAGAUGAGAGGCAGGCCGUCCCUGUCCAGGUCCCCAUUGGCUGGCAGCGCAAGGCGGAGCAUGGCGGUGGGGUCGUAUACGUAAGUCCCAGUGGCUCGUUGCUGUCCAGCUUGGAGCAGGUGAAGACCUACCUGCUGACAGAUGGAACCUGCAAAUGCGGCCUGGAGUGCCCACUCAUCCUCCACAAGGUGUUUAACUUCGACCCAGGGGCAGCCGUCAAGCAGAGAACGGCGGAGGACGUGAAAGCAGAUGAAGACGUCACCAAGCUCUGCAUUCACAAGAGGAAGCUUCUGGCUGUGGCCACACUGCACAAGAGCAUGGGGACGCACCCACCUCUCACGCUGACCAGUCCAGGGGGAGGUACAUCAUCUGUGGUCACGGCGCAUUCCACGACUCAACGAGCAAUAAGGACUAAACCCCACGAUGGCCUGCCCAAUGCUGUCGGCCCAGACUGCAAGAAUCCUUUCAAGAUGAUGAUGGCAGCUGGACAACAGCAGCAGCAGCAGCAGCAGCAGAGGCUGUAUCCACCCCAGGAGAUGGGUGCAGCACAGCAGCCAGAGCUCUACUCUGGGUACUCCAGGCCGCAAAGGCUGGGCAGUGGGGAGCCAGGCCCCAAAUCCCCUUACCAGGUUGGUUAUGGAGGCAUGCUGAGCCCACCUCCCUCCAGUGCUAAGCUGUAUGGGGAUGGCUCACAGUCUCCCAGUACAGACACUCUAGGCAGCCCUGAGGGCUUUCCAAGGACCAAUCCUUGUGGGUUUCCUGGAGCCGGCAGUCCUGGCUCAGCUUCCAUUCAUGGGAACACUAGGACACCUCUUUCCCCACCCAGUGUAAUGCUCCAUGGCUCCCCCGUGGGCCAGCCAUCCUGCGCCAUGACAGGGAGGACUAGCACGCCCCUCUCUCCGACGGCCACUGCCAAAAGCCCUGUCAUGAACAUGAACAUGCCACGGGGGAACUUCCCCCCUGGUAUGGAUAUGCCCCGUGCAGCAUUUCACCAUAAAACACAGCCCCCUGUGCAUCCUGUACCGCCUCCUCCAUCCAUACCACCAUCCUGUGCCCUUCAGAAAAGGCAGUUGACCUCUGAAAAAGACCCCUUAGGCAUCCUGGACCCCAUCCCCAACAAGCCAGUCAGCCAGCCCCCCACCAACACCCCAAACCCCUCCAACUUCCAGCCUAACAUCCACUCUCAGGUACCAAUGAUGAAUGUAAACAUACCCCCUCCCGCCAUCGUUCCCUUGCCAAGCAACUUACCUUUACCCACAGUGAAACCUGGGCCUGUGGGGCAUGGUGGCCAUGUUCAAAGGACUCAACAGGGUGGUCCGGCUUCCUCCAUGUCCCCCUCCCCUGUCACUUCCCCUGUCCACAUGGCCGGGCCUGCCCUUGGGAGAAUGGAGGCCUCCCCUCAUCGCUCGCGCUCAUCCUCCACUUCCUCUGACCAUGGGAACUUUGCAAUGCCCUCGGGGCACCAGGCCCCAUGUGGCACCAUGAAGGUCCCUCCUCGUUCUCCCAGGUCGGCGAUGGGAUCUCCCAGGCCGGCCAUGCCCUCGAGCCCCUCCACCAACAAAACUGACGCACUCCACCAGUACAAAGACUCCCAGCUGCUGCCCGGGAUGGGAAACUCGAUUGGCACCCAGCAGCACAGCAACCCCAUGUACUCCCCCACUUCUUCCUCAUCGUCAUCCUCUUCUCUGGCAACCCCCAGCGCUUCCCAGAAGGGCCACCCAGGACUCCUGGGGAUGCCCCUCAAUCAGAUCCUCAACCAACAGAAUGCCGCUUCCUUCCCCGCCAGCAGUCUCUUGUCAGCCGCAGCCAAAGCACAGCUAGCAAAUCAAAACAAACUCAGCGCUGCUGGCAACAGCACUGCUGGCAUGGCUGGUGGUGGUGUUGGUAUGGCAGGCAUGGGGGCAGGUGGAGGAGGUAAUGGAGGAGGUGGUGGGCACCCUGGCUCCAUGAGCGGCCCUCGAGGCAUGGAAGGACACAGCACUUUAAACCCAAUGCUCCCGCCAAACUCCACCAUGCUGCUCAACACUCCCGAGGGCCAGAGUGGUCGGGCGGCUCUUAGAGACAAGCUCAUGGCCCAGCAGAGGGACCCCAUGCGCAAGCGGAGGCAGUCGUCUGGCAGUGCUGCCGUAAACCACGACAACAGUAACAACAUGGUCUACAACAUGCUCAACAAGCGAGGCAUGGGAGGACCCCACAUGCCGGGGCCCAGUGCCACUGAGCAGCUGCGCAAAGUGGGCAGACUCGGAAACCUUCCCCCAAACACCUCGAUGGCUCAGCUUCUCCAGUCCAUGAGCUGCCAGAGCUCCCACAACCUGGCUGGGAGCAACCAUCGUCCAGGUCUUAGCCCUGGUCCAGGGCCUGGUCCUCAAGGAGCUGCACAGCUACACUACAAUGACAGCACAGGUAUGGUCCCUGGUGGCCCUCAGCAGAACCUCCUAGCUCAGCAGAGGCUGCGGGUUCCAGGAGAUGCCAUGCAGCACUGCCAGAAUAUGGACACCUCUGGGGGCCAUCUGGGCUCUCGUCCAGGCCAGUUCCCUGACAUGAUGGCCCAGAUGCAGGCGUCCUCCAUGAGUAACUGUGGGCCUAUGGGGCCAGGAGGUGGACCGGUGGGUCCUGACGGCGUGCCGCUGGGACGACCCAACACUAACCCCCCACCGCUGUCGCAUCCCGGCCCUCAUCCUUCACAGCAGAACCUCCUUCACGGUAUGGGGCGGACGAACAUGGCGGUGAUGCCACACGGAGGUGGUGAUGGAAGCUGUACACAGACCAUCUCUGACACAGGCUGUGGUAUGGGCGGCCUGCAGCCGCACGUUAACAGCGGCGGAGGUCAGAUGUACCAGCAGCAGGUCCACCAGGGCAUGCAGCAGGGGGUGGCCACCCACCCAGCCUACCAGGGACAGCAGCACUUCUCUGACAACCCAGCCUACACGGACGGCAACAACGCCAACGCCGGCUCCAUGGCCUGCCUCUACCAGAACUACCAGCAGGGGAUGUUGUCUCACCCACAGUUCGGGGAGGGGCAACAACCCCAGGGCGAGGGGCUUCCAGCGGGCUCUGACAGGGGCCCAGGCGGAGGCCCGGAGUCGGUGGACGCCAUCUACAGGGCCGUGGUGGACGCCGCCAGCAAGGGCAUGCAUGUCACCAUAACCACCACAGUGAGCGGGACCACACAGGCGAGUCCGGUGCCCGCCCUCAGCGCCAUGAGUGCCUUCACCGCCUCCAUAGGGGAACCCGUCAACCUCCCGAAAGCAGUCAGCACAGUCCUGCACGGGCACCAGGAAGGGGAGGCGUUAUCCCAGCAAGCCAGACCGAGGCAGGUGAGGCUGGGACGUGGUCAGAAGAACAUGGAUCCAGGGAAGAGCACUCCAGACAGCCAUGAAGCCAACGACUACUUCCGUUCCCCUGGACGCGGCACUCCAAGGGGGCAGUGGGACGGGGAGACGCAGCACGGGGGAGGCUUUGACGCUCACAGCAACAACAGCGCCUGGGGUGGUGAGGAGUUUCUCGAGUGCUCCACACAAGUGAGGAGUAGUCCCUGCAUGGAGCGACCCGCCAGCCUGGCCCCCGCCCCACCCUGCCCCACCGAGGGGUCCAACGACCAUGGCUUGGCCAUGGCCCACGACAAGGCCUUUCUCGAUGACGGCUAUCGCUUCAACAACUGCAGCCGGACGCCUGCUAACUACAAAGAGCGUCUGGAGCAAACGGUGGAACGCUGCGCCCACAUCAACGGCGCCACCCCCCACUUUAACACUCGAGGUUACGGAGAGGUCCUGGGACCCCCACGGCAGGAGCUGACGGGGGACGACCAGUCGCCCAGCUCCUCCACCAGCCUGGAGGGACCUCUGGCCACAGCCAAAGACUACAGCCACUACAACGGCCACUUCAACGGCAUGGCGCCCAGCCCCUCGGACACAAAGAGCCUGAGCAGCGAGGAGGACCUGCGACAGCCGGACUCGCCCUCCUCAGAACUGCUUCACUACCGGUCCAGGACCUUCAACAUGGGAGAGCUGGUCUGGGGCCAGCUGAAGGGCUUCCCGCCCUGGCCUGCCAAGCUGGCCGGGGACGAACAAGUGCACAGCGCUGCUAUGCAGCUGCGGGAGCAGGCCAAGGUAGAGCCAGAGAAGUUAAAAACACUAACCCACGACUUAGAGGCACUUGACCGAGCCGCCAAAAGAGGCCUGAACAGACCGGGGAAACUGAAUAAUCACUUGGAAGCUGCUAUCCACGAGGCCAUGAGUGAGCUGGAUAAGAUGUCGGGCACAAUCCCGUCGAGGGAUCGUCAGGUGAAGCUCCCCAAGCCUAAGAGGAGGAAGAUAUCCAGAUAACAUUGAAUGUGUCGGCCCAAGAACGUCCUCAAAGCCUUCGGAGACUUCGUCCGUUCAGCCUUGGUGCGAUCUGAGCUCUCUAACAGGUGCUACACAUGGACUUUCAGUGGUACAUCAUCGUUCCAUGAUAUCAACUUGACUGAAUGACUGACCACAGAAGGUGCUGGAAAUUCCAAUCACCAAUACAGUUUUAACUGUAGAGAGAAAAAAAAAGAAAAAACAGAGAAAAACGUCAAAAACGGUUGCAAUUUGUCUACAGCUCACUGAAUUAACUAUUUUUUUCUAGUAUAAGAUAGUAAAACAAACAAAAAAAAAGCUACAAGCAUUACCUUACAUAUUUAAGAAAAAUAGACAGUCCAAAUAUUUCUGAUACAUUUUCAAUAUGUAUAUAGAUAAUCCUGAAAUUUCAUGCUAUUAAGAAUUGUAUGUAAAUAUUGUACAAUGUCAUGUACAAGCAUACCUAAUGCACAUUUUAUCUUUUAUUGUACAAAAACAAAGCAGAAGUGUACCAAUGUCUUGGUUUCUAUUCAGAAAUGCGGUUGCGUACGGCCGCAUGCAUAGGAUAAAUAAGAAUACAGCCUAAAGCUUUUAUAUGAUGAACUGUAAGACGUGCUGUUUGUUUUGGUUUCUUUUGGUUUCUUUUUGUAAGGGAACAGCAGCGGAACAGGCAUGAGUUGUGUGAGUUCUCCAUUACGAACGUCGCUUCAUGCCAGUUAAGUGUUCAUUUGUACUGGGUGAAUGAACUUUACCAGCAGAAAGUGUUCAAUGUUCCCCUGAGCAGGCGGGACACAACGCCCGGCCGGACAAACGAGUGUUGGUAGAUCUUCAUCCGCUCUGCAGCAGAUUCAUGACAUUUGGAGAUUCAGUUUUGUGAUAAAAAUGUCUGGCUGACAGGUGUUUUUUUUUUUUUUUUUUGGGGAGUUUACCAAUCAGCGUAACUGGCAGGAAAAAAGGAGGAAAAAUCCACCUUCAGGUGCGUUUACAGCCAGUCUGUGUUCCUUUUGGGUUCGUCUUGGGUGAAGAUUUGAGCAAAGGCUCAGGAGCCCCCGGAGAAUAAUUGGCGGCUACUGUGAUCAUCAAUUAAUCGUUGAUAACAGUGGAAAAAAUGCUGAAAUGUGAGGAUUUGGGUCAUUUCUAAACAUGAAAACAAGAUAAUGGCGCUAAAAGGAUUGUUGUGCCUGCAGCAUGUGGCACAUCUGUCUGUGCCAUUACGGCACCGGUGGCGUCCUUUCUGGCCACUCCAAACAUUUCAGCAAUCCUUUCUCACCUUUUUCACGCCAAAUAAAAACAAUAUAAUACACGUCAUAUGAAAUAAACACAUAUUCUGUAUUUGUUAUUCAGCUGAAUCAUCAUAGUUUUAGGCUGUUCUGUCGCUGGAAACACUGCAACUUAACCUGCCGCCUGAGCAGAUGAAGCGGGCCCUGAACGCAGCAUGAAAUCACCGCUGAGUGUCCGUGGGUGGAUUUUUCCUCCAGGUGGCCGCGUUGAUGAAUCCUGUCAUCUGGUUGUUGUGUUUAUGUUCUCGUGCUCGUUUGUACAGUGAUUUCUCCUUGACUGUAGUCGUUUUUUUUUGCCACAACGAUAGCUUUAGGUAGAGUAACCGACCUCAGAGGCAGAGUCUAGAUUAUCAUGAGGAACACUAACUCGGUUUUCAAGAGAGGUGAAAGCAUUUCUCGCAUUUAGGGGCCUUGUGUUUUGAUUUUUUUUGUUCAUUUCGUUUUGUCUGUUUUUUUAUUGAUGUAAAUUAUUUAUGUACAGUACUCCAUAUUUAUUUUAAGCUUUACAAAUAUGCUAGAUGGCAAUAAUACUACCAAGAGUUGAGAACUCAAGCCUUAUAUGUGUAUAUGUAUGUUUUUUUUUUGACAGUGAAUAGAUCAUGUUUUCAGAGUCCGUUACAAAGGUCGCGUUCCCUUUUAUUUAACAAGUGAACAUUACAGAUAACACUUUUUUUUUUUUUUUUUUACAGCGAGACGUUCUGAUCUAAUGUUUUUGUUACAUGGAUUUCUUAGUUAAAGGAAGAAAAAUGUCAUAACCUCUGCCUCCAAAUCCGUACUAUUUAUGAAUAUGCACACCUGAGAAGGCGGACAGCAUCUAUGUUGGUAAUAAAUGCAGUUUUAACACUACGAGCUAUCAAAGUUUCAAAAUCCUCACUCGAUCAGUCUUAAAAUCCACGGCGACGCACAGUAUUGGAAACUCUGGAUCAACUGAAACAGAGGUGAAACACACACACACACACACGCAGCUGCUCCUCCAGAUCAAAACCAACAACAACCUGAACUCACUGCAGAAUAACCGAGUGCAAUAUACCAACUGAUGGCAAAGAUCAACCGCUCAGAAACACUGCGCCUCCUCAUUGUUUGGCUCCUCCUCCUCCUCUACACACCUUCUGCUUUCUCCUCUGCACACGCUCAUCUCCGUCUUCUCUCACAUGUGCGAGCCUAAGAGCCAUGAAGUAGUAAUUUAUUUGUAGCUUUACCUUUCUUUUUGCAUGUGCACACCACUUUCGUUUUAACUCCAGUCAGUAAAACCCAACAGUGCACUACUUUAUCAUGAGGUUCUUUUCUUUCUCACUCAGCAGCACACGAAAACACGACUUUUCAAACAUAUCCACCAACACAGACGAGGUUUUGCUGUCAUUUGUGGUGAAGAAUCCCACUAAUGCUUCGUAAUGUACCCUAUUUCCUCAGCAAGGAGCCUCAAACUUUGAAUUACAGCCACAUUUCAGCAGAUGGUAUGUUGCUCAUGUGUACACACUUUAAAGAACCUUAAACUUGUACUGUAUUUUCCAUUGAGAUCGCUCACUUGUUACAAAACUUUUUCUUUUUUCUUUUUUUUUGCCGUGUGCACACAGAAGAAACUCAAGGGCAUUUUGAGAAAGCGCUGAAUUUGUAGCAACGUAAAAAAUAAUAUCAGUAUUUAAAGAUAAACAUUUCAAGUGAAAGUAAAGGCUGAAGAAAAUGUCUGUUUUUUUUCAGUGUGCACACUUUUAAGAACCUCAGAGUUGAGUUUUUACUGUAAUCUGUGGCAAGGAAAACCUCCAGCCGUUUUCAAAAUGUGACGUUCGGUGUCGAGAACACGUGAGCUCUUUCGGUAAAGUUCAUUCUGCCCCCUCUCCCCCCCCUGUUUUUUGUGCAAUGACAUGCAGGAACCCGGUCUCAUGUUGGGAACCCAUGUGUUAUGGAUCUGUUCUAUCAGUUUCAUGUUGUUUGUGGUCAAGAGUUCAAAGCAUUUUUGUGUUUGAGAUGGUCUGUGCAGUCUAUUUUUUCCUCCUCCCGCCUGUGAUUGUUUGUGUGUGUGUUGAGGUGUGAGUGUGAUUUUUUUUAUUUUCUCUUUUUUUCCCCAGUGAACUUGUUCUCUGCUCUUUAAAUCUCAUCUCCCUCUUCCACCCUUUGUUGUCAGUAUUUUAUUUUUUCAACUUGUAAUUAAGUAUAUAUUUUCUCACUAAUAUAUACUUUACAAAAAAUAGACUUGCGUGAAGUAUGAUGUGCACUUGAUUGCUCUUGUUUAUUUUUCUUUUUGCAUUAAUGUGGGCUAUGGAUAGUUUGUCAGAGUCCAUUAUUUUGAGAUUGUUUGGACUUUUUUUAAUGGUUUGAUGUAAGCAGCAUUUUUUUGUAAAUAUUGUGAAACAUUACAGGUCAUGCAGUGAUGUAACAUUUUGAAUAAUGUUGCACAGAUGUUUAAGAUAUUAAAAACAUGGUCAC